UUUUUCUGCUUUCGGAGCCGGCCAGUGCGGGGACCGUUUCCGAAGGGACCACCGGGAACAGACGGAUCGGCAGGGCGGGGCGGAACGGUGAGGCCAUCUACUGAAACAGAAGCAAUUUUAAAAGAAAAUGGAGAAAGCAUAACUGAUCUUUGGAGAAAAUGGGGAAGUGAGUUGACCAGAGAAGGAUGAGAGAAUUGCCAAGUUGUAUUGAAUGCCAACCUGAGAAUGGUGAUUCUGAAGAUAGGGUGUGUUUGCAAUGGCUGCUACUGUGAACUUGGAACUUGAUCCCAUUUUUUUGAAAGCACUAGGUUUCUUACAUUCAAAGAGUAAAGAUUCUGCUGAAAAGCUAAAAGCACUGCUUGAUGAAUCUUUGGCUCGGGGCAUUGAUUCCAGUUACCGUCCAUCUCAAAAGGAUGUGGAGCCACCCAAAAUUUCAAGCACAAAAAACAUUUCCAUUAAGCAAGAGCCCAAAAUAUCAUCCAGUCUUCCUUCUGGUAAUAAUAAUGGCAAGGUCCUCACAACUGAAAAGGUAAAGAAAGAAGCCGAAAAGAGACCUGCUGAUAAAAUGAAAUCAGACAUCACUGAAGGAGUUGAUAUUCCAAAGAAACCUAGAUUGGAGAAACCAGAAACACAGUCCUCUCCCAUUACUGUCCAAACUAGCAAGGAUUUAGCUAUGGCUGACCUUUCCAGUUUUGAGGAGACCAGUGCUGACGAUUUUGCCAUGGAGAUGGGAUUGGCCUGCGUUGUUUGUAGGCAAAUGAUGGUGGCAUCUGGCAAUCAAUUAGUAGAAUGUCAGGAGUGCCAUAAUCUCUACCACCGAGAUUGCCAUAAACCCCAGGUGACAGACAAGGAAGCGAAUGACCCUCGCCUGGUGUGGUACUGUGCCCGAUGUACCAGACAAAUGAAAAGAAUGGCUCAAAAAACUCAGAAACCACCACAGAAACCAGCCCCUGCAGUUGUUUCUGUAACUCCAGCUGUCAAAGAUCCAUUGGUUAAGAAACCAGAAACUAAACUGAAACAAGAGACAACUUUUCUAGCAUUUAAGAGAACAGAAGUCAAGACAUCCACAGUUAUUUCAGGAAAUUCUUCUAGUGCCAGCGUUUCCUCGUCAGUAACUAGUGGCUUAACUGGAUGGGCAGCUUUUGCAGCCAAAACUUCCUCUGCUGGUCCCUCAACAGCAAAAUUGAGUUCAACAACACAAAACAGUACUGGGAAACCUGCUACCUCAUCAGCUAACCAGAAACCUGUGGGUUUGACUGGUCUGGCAACAUCAUCCAAAGGUGGAAUAGGUUCCAAAAUAGGUUCCAAUAACAGCACUACGCCCACUGUACCAUUAAAACCACCUCCACCUCUAACCUUGGGUAAAACUGGCCUUAGUCGCUCAGUUAGUUGUGACAAUGUCAGCAAAGUAGGUCUUCCUAGUCCAAGUAGUUUAGUUCCAGGAAACAGCAGCCAACUAAGUGGGAAUGGAAAUACUGGAACAUCAGGACCUAGUGGAAGUACUACUAGCAAAACUACUUCAGAAUCCAGCAGCUCUCCCUCAGCAUCCCUUAAAGGUCCAACUUCGCAAGAAUCACAGCUCAAUGCUAUGAAGCGAUUACAGAUGGUCAAGAAGAAAGCUGCCCAAAAGAAACUCAAGAAGUAAUGUGGCCAAGUAGGUUUUUAUAUCAUAUUAGCCUAAAGAUGAAAGGCUUAUUAUUAAGAUAUCUGUAAUAUACUGUAAUUUAAUAAAAGUCUUCAUAAUCAAA